UGAACCCGGGCCGGAACGCAGCCCCGGAACGGUUUCCUUCUAGAGCGCUAAGCAGCGGACCGGAAGUGCGGCCGGAAGUACCGGGCGGACCGCACCAAGUGAGCACCACAGCCCGCCAAGUCCGAGUUUGCUGGCGACGCGGGACGCGCGACUGGUGCUUCUCCCGGAGUCGGUCCGUUUCCUGGGAAACAGACUCUCAGACAGGCUCCCCGCAGGGACAAGGAUUUCUGUAGAGAACAACACAGUGACCCAGUUCCACGUUUCACUUACCUGGAGAGGCUAAGACGCUGAGAUACUCAGAUGGGAUCCGAACAGCCUGUACCUCAGCCCACCUUUGUGCUAUCCUGAAGACAGGCCGAUAUGCCCAAGAUAGUCCUGAAUGGUGUGACAGUGGAUUUCCCUUUCCAGCCCUACCAAUGUCAACAGGAGUACAUGACCAAGGUCCUGGAAUGUCUCCAGAAGAAAGUGAAUGGCAUUCUGGAGAGUCCUACAGGCACUGGAAAGACGCUCUGCCUCCUCUGCACUACUCUGGCCUGGCGUGAACACCUCCGCGAUGCCAUUUCUGCCCGCAAGAUUGCUGAGAGGGUGCAAGGGGAACUUUUCCUCCAUCAGGACUUGUCAUCCUGGGGGAAUACCACUGCUGCUGAUGGAAAUACCAUAGCCUGCUACACAGACAUUCCAAAGAUCAUCUAUGCUUCCAGGACCCACUCACAGCUCACACAAGUCAUCAGUGAGCUUCGGAAUACGUCUUACCGGCCUAGGAUAUGUGUGCUGGGCUCUCGGGAGCAGCUGUGCAUCCACCCUGAGGUGAAGAAGCAAGAGAGUAACCAUGUGCAAAUCCACUUGUGUCGCAAGAAGGUGACAAGUCGUUCCUGCCAUUUCUACAACAAUGUAGAAGAGAAAAGCCUGGAGCAGGAGCUUGCCACUUCCAUCCUGGACAUUGAGGACCUUGUCAGGGGCGGGAGCAAGCACAAAGUAUGCCCUUAUUACCUCUCUCGGAACCUGAAGCAGCAAGCUGACAUCAUCUUCAUGCCGUACAACUACUUACUGGAUGCCAAGAGCCGCAGGGCCCACAACAUCGACCUGAAGGGGACGGUUGUGAUCUUCGAUGAAGCCCACAAUGUGGAGAAGAUUUGUGAGGAGUCAGCGUCUUUUGACUUGACCCCCCAUGAUGUGGCUUCAGGGCUGGAGGCGAUCGACCAGGUUUUAGAGGAACAGACGACCAGGGUGGCACAGCAGGGCGAGCCCCACCUGGACUUCAACGUGGACACUCCCAGCUCAGGACUCAGCAUGGACCUAGAAGACAUCGCUAAGCUGAAGAUGAUUCUGCUUCGCCUAGAGGGAGCCAUCGAUGCUGUCCAGCUGCCUGGUGAUGACAGCGGUGUCACCAAGCCUGGGAGUUACAUCUUUGAGCUGUUUGCUGAAGCCCAGAUAACAUUUCAGACCAAGGGCUGCAUCCUGGACUCUCUGGACCAGAUCAUCCAGCACCUGGCAGGACGUACUGGUGUGUUCACCAACACAGCUGGCCUGCAGAAACUUGUGGACAUCAUCCAGAUUGUAUUCAGUGUGGACCCCUCCGAGGGCAGCCCUGGUUCUGUGGUGGGGCUGGGCGUCUCACAGUCCUAUAAGGUGCAUAUACACUGUAACACUGGCCACCGGAGGGCGGCACAGCGGUCAGACUCCUGGAGCACUGUCUCGUCCAGAAAGCCAGGGAAGGUGCUGAGCUACUGGUGCUUCAGCCCUGGCCACAGCAUGCGGGAGCUGGUCCACCAGGGGGUGCGCACCAUUAUCCUCACCAGUGGCACGCUGGCGCCGCUCUCCUCCUUUGCCUUGGAGAUGCAAAUCCCCUUUCCAGUCUGCCUAGAGAACCUGCAUGUCAUCGACCGGCACCAGUUCUGGGUGGGGGUCGUUCCCAGAGGCCCUGAUGGGGCCCAGCUCAGCUCUGCGUUUGAUAAACGGUUUUCCGAGGAGUGCCUGUCCUCUCUGGGAAAGGCCCUGGGCAACAUUGCUCGCGUGGUACCCCAUGGACUCCUGGUCUUCUUCCCUUCCUACCCGGUCAUGGAGAAGAGCCUGGAGUUCUGGAGGGCCCAGGGCUUGGCCAAGAAGGUGGAGGCUCUGAAGCCUCUCUUUGUGGAGCCUAGGAGCAAAGGCAGCUUCUCGGAGGUCAUCAGUGCCUACUCCCAGCAAGUCGCCUCCCCUGGGUCUAAUGGGGCCACCUUCCUUGCAGUGUGCCGGGGCAAGGCAAGUGAAGGGCUAGACUUCUCAGACAUGAAUGGUCGUGGUGUGAUCGUCACGGGCCUUCCAUACCCCCCUCGAAUGGAUCCCCGGGUGGUCCUCAAGAUGCAGUUCCUGGAUGAGAUGAGGAGCCGCCAGAAUGGGGCUGGAGAGCAGUUCCUCUCCGGGCAGGAAUGGUACCGGCAGCAGGCGUCCAGGGCUGUGAACCAGGCCAUUGGGCGGGUCAUCCGACACCGCCAUGACUAUGGAGCAGUCUUCUUGUGUGACCACAGGUUUGCCUAUGCUGAUGCCCGAGCCCAGCUGCCCUCCUGGGUGCGCCCCUACAUCAGAGUGUAUGACAACUUUGGCCAUGUGAUCCGAGAUGUGGCCCAGUUCUUCCGUGUUGCCCAGAAAACUAUGCCCACACCAGCCCCCCGGGCUUUGGCCCCGAGUGUGAGUACAGACAUGUCUGUCAGGAUGGCUACGUCGCCUGGGGCCUCCCUGCCUACCCGGAAAGCCACGAGCCUGGAAGUUCAUGUUCCCAGCCUGAAGCGGAGGAGUGCAGGACCACCAGCCACCGGGGACCCUGAGAGCAGCCUAUGUGUGGAAUAUGAGCGGGAGCCGGGACCUGUCCAGAGGAAGCCUGUGGGGCUGCUGGCCGCCUUGGAGGACAGCGAGCAGAGGGCUGGGGUGCCUGGGGAGGAGGAGGCACUUGGGCACUCCACUCAAGCAGGAAGGUGUAAGAAGGGGUUGGCUGAUGAACCGAGAGGAGGAAGGAAGAAGAUCAAAUUGGUCAGCCACCUGCAGGAGGACCCUGCAGCUGCUACCCAGCUGGGCAGAGCCCAGCUGUUCAUGGUGACUGUGAAGGAGGCACUGAGCCAAGCCAGCUUUGACACCUUUACCCAGGCCCUGCAGGACUAUAAGGGCUCUGAUGACCUUGAAGCCCUGAUGGCCUGCCUUGGUUGCCUCUUUGCUGAAGACCCCAAGAAACAUUGCCUACUCCAAGGCUUCUACCAGUUUGUGCGACCCCACCAUAAACGUCAGUUUGAGGACAUGUGCUCCCAGCUAACAGGCCAAGCCUGCAGCCACUGGCCAGAGCCCAGCCUUCCCCGAGGGCAACAAGCACAGCCAGCCCUAGACUACAUGGGCCCUCGAGAGUCUAUUUCUUCGGGAAAGAGAAAAGCUGAGUCUAAGCUGACCCUGUCCAAGAAUGUACAGCUGGACCCUGGGGAACAUCUGAACCAAGGCUUGCCCCACUUAUCCACUAGGCCGCCCGCCACAGGAAACCCUGGCAGAUGUCCACAAGUGGAAUCUGGAGUGAAGCCAGGCCAGCUUGCUGUGAGCACCUACCUAGCGGAUGUACACAAGGCCUUGGGAUCUGAAGGCCGCAGGCAGCUCCUGGCAGCACUGAGGGCAUACAAACAGGAUGAUGACCUGGACAGGGUGCUAGCUGUACUGGCUGCGCUAACCACAGCAAGGCCUGAGGACUUCCCCCUGCUGCAGAGAUUCAGCAUGUUUGUGCGUCCCCACCACAAGCUGCGGUUCCUAAAGACCUGCUCAGACCUGAUGGGUCCUCCCGCCUCCGGCACAGGCCUGGCAGGGCCUCCAGACCCUUCAACCACCAGCAUUAGCAUGGUGGCAGGGCCCCCGGAUCCUCCGGGUCCUCCCGCCUCCAGCACAGUUAGCCCAGCAGAGCCUCGGGAUCCUCUGACCACCAGCACAAGCCCCAUGGCAGGGCCUCUGGAUCCUCCGACCACCAGCAAAAGCCUGAUGGCGGGGCCUCCUCCAGGUCCUUCCACCUCCGGCACAGACACGGCAGGGCCUCUGGAUCCUCUGACCACCACCACUAGCAUGAUGGGGCCUCCUCCGGGUCCUCCCAUUGCCUGCACAGGCACUCCACGGGAGAAAGCUGGAAAGACUCAGAGCAAGAUUUUGUCCUUCCUUAGACAGAACCCAGCUGGGAAUGUGGAGACUAAGGGCACCGCUCCAGAGCUUCCCCACCAGCUUGGGAGGCCUGCGUGGGCAGCAUCCUUUGUGUGCCCUGGCUGUGGGACAAAGGGGACAGUGCUCUUCCAGUGCCCCUCCUGCAACUUCCAUCAGUGCCGGGCCUGCUGGCAGCAGCACAUGAAGGCUUCUAGGACAUGCCCCGCCUGCCACGCUGCCACACGGAAGCAGAGCAUCUCUCAGGUCUUCUGGCUGGAGCCCCAGUGAGGGCUUAUGACAGCCCUCAGGACGGACAGGGUUGGACACUGGACAGCCCUCUCAGUUCCCCAAACUGGGAGGUCAGCCUGGACGGCGUAGGCAGCGUGCCUGGCUCAGUUCCAGGACAAGCUAAUAAACGUCUGGACUCCAGCAAGGACCAUGAAUGCAGGACGAGCUGGGCCAAUUGCCACUGGCAGUGCCCACCUCAUGGCAUGAUGGAGACAGAAGAGGGUCUUGGGUGCAGCCGGUCUCCCCUAGGUGCCUAUGUGCAGCAGCCGUGUAGUGAGGAUCCUCAGUGUGCACCCCGUAUCCACAGACUGCUACGCAGUUCUGCAACUACCUGCAGCACUGCUGCAACAACAGCAUCAGCCAGCAGACGAGCAGUGCCAGUCCUACCAUAAUUGCUCUGCCCUGGGCUUGGCCCUCAAUGUGCCUGGCUCCUCCCACCAUGCCCUGUGCCCCAACUGCUCCAGAUUCCCAUUGGGUUCCGGAAGGCUGAGUGAGCCUGCAUCAGGGUGGAUGGCUCAGUCCUGUCUCACUCCGCCCCAGUGCCUUUGUACUAGACGUUCUGGCAGGGAGUAUCCAUGAGGACAUUCCAGAAGCUCAUGUUUCCUCCACUUUCACUGUGUCCAGUAUUUGUACUUCGAUCACUUUGUUGCAUUGAGAUUCCUCUUGGUCUGUGAACGCAGUGACCUGUUCACCCCAUCCUAACUUUCCAGGAGGAAUGGAUAAGUGUAAACUUGUGGUCAUUGACCUCGAGAGGUUGUGGGCCUGCAGGCCUUGUUGCUUCAGCGGUGGCAGCAGCACCAGGAGCUUUCAGAGGUGUGCUGCUGAUCUGCCCACUCCAGGCACACUGCCUUUUAUUCUACAUUCCUAGCCCAAGUGAGCAUGGUCCAAGCUGCACCAAAGGAAGAUUUAUUUUAUAAAGCCAUUUUGUAAAAACCA